AUGGUCGACACGAAAGGGAUAGCCGAGAUGAUCGACACGAAAGAGAUAGCCGAGGUGAUCGAGAUAGCCGUGCUGAUCGAGAUAGCCGAGAUGGCCGUGCUGAUCGGGAUGAGAGGCUCGAACGCGGGGAACGGCGCUCCCACCGAGGGCGGAGCGAUAGCCGAGAGAGGAGGGAACGCCGAGAAAGGCGAGACCGCAGAGAGAGGAGAGAAAGACGAGAUAGGGAUGAAAGGAAAAGGAGGUCCAGUAGACUCAACCGUAAUUUGUCUUCCUCUCAUGAAAGGUCCAGAUCUAGAGAGAGGCGAAGAAGGAAAUUACAAGCAGAAUGUAUUAAAAAAGCAGGAGGAUCCUGCAGUGAUGAAUUCUACAAGGAAACUAAGACGACUUUAUUUUGGAAAUCUACCUCUCCAUCUAGGAUUAACUGAAAACGAUUUCCAGGAGAGUGUUUGGGAUGAAAUGAAAAAAAGAAAAUUUUGCAAUGAUGAAAAAAUCAAUCCUGUCCUUUAUGUUUGGUUUGCCAAAGACAAGGGCAACUAUGGGUUCGUUGAGUUUUCCACUGUAGAGGAAACGGAGAGGGCCUUGACUAUGGACGGCAUGCUCUGCAAGGGGGUUGCUCUUAAGGUCUCCAGACCCAACGAUUACUCCACCAACACGGUGAAGCACAACCAGCCUUCGCUUCUGCAGGGCGUUGCGGGGGUUAGCGGGGUUAGCGGUGUUGCGGGGGUUAGCGGCGUUAGCGGUGUUGCCGGGGUUAGCGGUGUUGCCGGGGUUAGCGGAGUAGCUACCGUGGGCAGCGUGUACGGCAAGCCGCCACCCCCACCAGGGGCUCCCCCCCCAUCCGUGCUGAGGGAAGCAGUCGACCCUGGACAGGACAACCAAAGUAACCUCGAGACCAAGUACCUACGCGUGCUUGAAAUCGUCACGGAAGAAUCAAUUAACGAUGAAGAUUAUGCGUCCAUACUGGAGGACAUCAAAGAUGGCUUCCACUCUCAAGGAAUAAUCAUUAACGCCAUUUUAAUAACACCCAAGUAUGCUCAAAUGACCCCCUUCACUGUUGGAGACGUACUUAUUGAGUUUGAAAAUUCAUCCGCUGUGGACAACAGCAUCGUGAAUAUGUCAAACCGGAAGUAUGAGGGGAGGGUUAUCCGAAUGACUAAGUUGGAUGAAGCCACGUACGACAUGCACGUCAAGCCUAUCAUCAGGGAUCUCUAUGAGCAAAAUGGGAUCUGA